GUCGUCGUCACAACUUCUAAACCAGAAGCUCUCUGUGUCUUCCUUCUUCCUUGUGCGGUCAAUCAAAAACCAAAUCAUUAUUCACAAUCUUCCCAGCGACCAAAACCAAUUCUUUGGGUCCUUCCCCGCCAGCCGUGUAAAAGAGAUGCGCUAUCUCGGGGAAGAAGUCCCUGGCACUGGUUCUCAAUUAUCAAUCUCGGUUCUUCCCCAAAACCCUAAUUCAACUCUCACCCAUGGCGAGGUUUUCAACACCGGCGCUCCAGGGUUGUUCAAUUGGCUGUUCGAGUGCCACGGAUUUUUGCACAACGUCACUCUGAUUCUAGCUUCCUUAGGUUUCGUGCUCUACCUCGCAUUCCAGGCCAGGAAGAGCUUCACCAAGCUCUCGAAUGGGAGAUCACAUAUAAUGGUUGCUUACUACGGUAGUCUCUGGCUCGUCAGCUUGCUCAACCUCUGUUGGUCCCUCUUACAGGCAUUGGAAUGCACUCCUGGAAAAGAACAAACAUGGAAUGUGCUAUCUCUGUUUACAACAUCUGGAAUGCUUUUUUUGGAAGUUAGCUUAAUUGCCUUUUUACUCGAAGGCAAUUACGUGAGUGGGCUGGACGCAAUGACAAAGACCUUCGCUGUCUCUGCAAUUGUAGUUGGGUUAGACAUACUUCUCAAGGCACUUUACUUGUUUGGGUUCGGGAUUCCCUUGUUUAUCGACAUUGGCGAGGACUCUAAUCGUAUGAAGUGGGGCCUGUGGGCUGUCCAUCGGCUAGUUCUUACUGCAGUUUACGGCUUCAUCCUUUUCAUGUAUCAUUCCAAGUGGAGGGAAAGGUUGCCUGCAAGACCUGCAUUCUACAAAUACAUCGUGAUAAUGUUUGCGUUGAACACUCUGGCACUCUUCGCCUGUGGGAUUAGUGGAAGCGGAUCUGGUUUCGGUUACUGGCUGUAUAGCACCACCAUAGUCUCAUACCAUGCCUUCUACCUCCCUCUGAUAUAUAUAACCUUUCUGGCAGACUUUUUCCAGGAGGAAGAUUUGCAUCUGGAGAAUGUGUACUACUCAGAAAUGAAAGAUGCCGGCUUCUUCGAUGCUGAUUGGGAAUAA